AUGACAUCUUAUUCAGGAUCCCAACCUCAACUCCCGGAGAACUCAAAAUUGUUAAAGAACGGUCAAAUUGCCAAAUCUGUCAGAGCUCAAAAUCGAGCCGUGGCCAGAUGGUUACCACCUCACCACACGGCAUAUUGCCAGGCUAUUUCGGAAUUCACUCGCUACUUACUUGAUAUGCCAGAUUUAUCUCUACCUCCACCUCCACCAACCGAUUCAGAGCUGGCUGCCCUUCCUACGCUUUCAGAAGCAGCUAUCUUGGGCCACACAGCCGUCGAUGAAAUCUUGUGGGGAGUUUUGGAGAGAUGGUUACGUGGGCGUGCAGAAGAUCGAGCAAAGAGAAUGCGUAACCCCGAUUUUUACGUGAAGAAACUGAAGAAUUCGCGAAGAAAAAGUCUCUUUGAAUACCGCAAGAAGACAAUUAAAACUUAUCUAGGGCCUGAUGCACUAAAAUACAUUCCCAGUGUAGAUUGCUGUUCAGAUACUGAGGAUGACGGGGGUAAUUUGUUUGCUGUGGGAUCCCUUUGGCGGGAAGACAUUUAUGUAGAAUGGCUUCAUGCAGUUGAUGAAUUGUCAAUCAAGGAUGUACGGGAAAACGAAGGUCCAAGAUGGGCGGCUCAGCGAUUGGACGCUCGACGAAAACCUUCAAGACGGGUGGAUCCACUUGCUCCUGUUGCUCCCAGCUUGCCAGCACAAUGCUACCAAAGGCGAUUGGAAUCAAGUAUUCCUUUCACUGAAAGAUAUCUCCUCGCCAAUAAAGACUCUCGCAUUGAAAGCCUUGAAUCGCUUCUGUCAAGAACACUUCGAUUGCUGAGAUGA